AUGGAGACAUCAGUGGACAAGGUGGACGGUGAAGGCUUGCACAGCCGAACUAACCCGUUGUUUGAUAUGUCACCUGGCAGCACUGACAUCCACAGCUUCCAGACAGACGAUGUGAAGCCACAGAAGCCAAAAAGACAGUGGUGUUUGAAUGUGAUUGUUGUUUACCUCAUCUUGCUGACUGUGGUGAAUGUCUUUCUUCUCUAUAAAGUUUUGACACUUUCAUCAGUGUCUGAGUCUGUGAAAGAGAAACUGACAUCAACCAAUGACAUUUCACUGGGUGGAGAACAGGACAAUGCUGACCUCCCAGCGCUGAUCCGCAACAACAGCCAGGAGAUCAAAACACUAAAGGGCUAUAUGUGGACCAUGCAGAGCAAGGUCAGCAGCAUCUGUGGAGAUGAUGGUCAGCUGGUCAGACUGAGGAACGACCUGAGCUCAGUCAACACCAGCAUCUACAUCCUAGAGGACAAACUGGCAGCCAUCAGCCUCAAAACAGAUCUACCAGGGCUGAAGGGAGAUCCAGGCCAACGUGGUGCACCUGGGAUACAAGGAUCUCCAGGUACACCAGGAGAGAAGGGCGAGAAAGGUGAUAUUGGUGUUGGUAUUCCUGGGCCAGCAAGACCAAAGGGAAUCAAUGGUAGACCGGGAGAGCCAGGCCCCAUGGGUCCUCCAGGCCCUCCUGGUAGCACUGGAGUUGCGGGACUUCCUGGACCACCUGGACCCAGAGGCCCAAUUGGGCCCCCAGGAGUCACAGAGGACCAAGGACCAGGCGCAAAAGGAGAAAAGGGACAUACUGGAAUGCCAGGCCUUCAGGGGCCUCCUGGAACAGCUGGGGCCAAAGGUGACAAGGGGGUCGCUGGUGUACAAGGACCACCAGGGAUUGCUGGUGCCGCUACCAUGAAAGGAGAAAAAGGUGAAACAGGAAACACUGGCCCAAACGGAGUUCCAGGCCUUCAGGGGCCUCCUGGAACAGCUGGGGCCAAAGGUGACAAGGGGGUCGCUGGUGUACAAGGACCGCCAGGGAUUGCUGGUGCCGCUGGCAUGAAAGGGGCAAAAGGUGAAACAGGGAACACUGGCCCAAAUGGAGUUCCAGGCCUUCAGGGGCCUCCUGGAAGAGCUGGGGCCAAAGGUGACAAGGGGGCCGCUGGUGUACAAGGACUGCCAGGGAUUGCUGGUGCCGCUGGCAUGAAAGGAGCAAAAGGUGAAAGAGGAAACCUUGGCCCAAACGGAGUUCCAGGCCUUCAGGGGCCUCCUGGAAGAGCUGGGGCCAAAGGUGACAAGGGAGUCGCUGGUGUACAAGGACCGCCAGGGAUUGCUGGUGCCGCUGGCAUGAAAGGAGCAAAAGGUGAAAGAGGAAACACUGGCCCAAACGGAGUUACAGGUCCUGCAGGACCACGAGGCCCUCCUGGACCCAAAGGAGAGCGAGGACCAGCAGCCCUGAAUGUGCGGAUUGCUGGAGGGACACAACGUGGGAGAGUGGAGGUGUUGCACAAUGGAGCAUGGGGCACUGUGUGUGAUGACGGCUUUGACCGUAAAGAUGGCAGAGUGAUCUGUAGGAUGCUGCACUAUCAGGAUGUCAGCGAUGUCUUCACUGCCACCGCAGGCACUGGUAACAUCUGGCUUGAUGACUUGAGGUGCACUGGCACUGAGACAAGUAUCUUCGACUGCCCACACAGUGGAGUGGGUGUUCACAACUGUAACCACGGUGAGGAUGCUGGGGUGCAAUGUACCUAGACAGUCAGCAUCUACGACCGCCGAAACCAAGAGCGACACAGGACGGGCCAACAGGCAACACAGGCAGGAUGAGGAAACAAUGCAUCACCACUUGACUAGCAGGAAAUGCAGACACUGAAAAACAUGUGCAUACAGAUACAGACACGCACACACACAUACAAAUGUGCACUACAGACACACCUCUCCAAAGAUAAGAGCAGAGAACAAAGAGUGCACUCAUGAUGUUCACAGCUGGAUCUCCCUCCAUAUUCACAAAACACACCAUAGAAAACCGCAUGCCAAGCUCCAUUUCACUUCAUUAAUCAAGACAUUAGUUUAAAUGCAUGACACUGUACCAUAAGCAAAAGAUUAUGCUAAAAGCCUUUUUUUUCUGUACAUCAUGUAUGCUGAAUGAAAGUUACAAAAAACUCAUGUAAUCAAAGUUUGCUACAAUAAAAUACUCCAUCUUUCCUUGGUUUCCCAACUUUGGACUGUGUCAGUUACUACUUUCCAAAUGUCUUGCUGGCAGCAACUUGG